UUCUCAAAUGCGAGUUUUCUUUCAAUACUCCUCUCAGAUGUAUCUUAAACUAUCUACUCAGUGAAUCACCUGCCCAGAGUUUCUCUGCCCUGCUCUUUUCUCCGCGGAUUACUCAGGACCCAGCAGGUGCACUGCUGGAAAGGAGACCAUUGUUACAAAACUUUUAAUAAGGCUUACACUUUAUUCUAAGAGUGUAAACAAGUUUAUGUGGAUAUAUGAAGUUCUCAUUUCUACCAUAAAAUUCAUAAACUAUUUUUUUAAGUUAUUUUUGAUGUGGACCAUUUUAAAAGUCCUUAUUGAAUUUCUUACAAUACUGCUUCUGUUUUAUGUUUUGGUUUUUUGGCCACGAGGCAUGUGGGAUCUUAGCUCCCCAACCACGGAUCAAACCCGUACCCCCGGCAUUGGAAGGCAAAGUCUUAACCACUGGACCACCAGGGAAGUCCCAAAAUUCAUAAACUUUAAACCAAAACUCAAAUUGAUGUUAUUGCUUAUCUGUUCCUCACCUCAAAAAUAAACUACAGGUUUCAACAUAAAAGGAUCAUAUAUAUGCAUAUAUAUAAUUGCUGACCUUAAUUUAUAAUUUCUUUAAUUUAAAAACCUUUUAUUAGGAUUUAAAAUAAGUGCUGUUUUGACAUAAGCUUACCAAAAAAAACACCUUAACUAAAGAGGAUCCCUGUAUAUACAAAAGGGGUUUUCUUACUCUUAUAAAGUUUCUCAUAAAUCUGCAUGAAAACCAUUAUUGACCAAAUUAUUCGUCAAAUUUGACCAACAUCAGACUUAAUGCAAUCAAAACCUGUCUACAUUUGUUAUCAUGAUUUGUAUUUUGUAUUAGCCAAGUCCUUGCAAUGCUUUAACGUGCUGCUUUAAAGUAAGGAGGCAGGCUGGUGGUUAGGGGUUCUGGCCCUAGGGAGGUGUCCCAAAUGUUAAAGCUGUGCAUUCACUGCUAAGCACUCUGUCUGUAACCCAGGAUCUCUGGCUGAAACCAGAAAGAGCCCCUGGUGGUCUUCCUGGAUCCAUUCUUCCAAACUAUAUGCCAGAAAACUGUCUUUUUCCCUAGGUUAUGGUUGCCCUGAAGUUUAUCCUUCAUUUUAAAGAACCGAAAGUCUGGGAGGGAGUGGUGGUUAAUCACUGGAAAAGCUCAAUUGGAGUAAAACUCACAAAUCUCGUUCUUGCGACACCCCAGUGGGUAGGCGACAACGGCGUGUCCCUGAGUUAUGCAAUAAUGCCACAUCACAAUAUCGUAAUUAUAGCAUGCCCUUCAGAACGCGCUACCUGGUGAGGCUCCCUGCCAGGCAGCUGGACACCACCGGGGAGGGCUGAAGAUUAUUCCAGUGCAGAAGUUAGUGCACAUGACAUGCAUACCUAGCCGGCACGUCACAGCAAUGCCCUGUAAAGUUAAGCUAUAAUUACCUCUAUUGUGUCCUAUCAAAGUUCAAAAAAAAUCUUUCUCUUGCCUAUUAUUUCUGACUUCAAACCCCCUAGAAAAUUAUUAAAUAUGCCAGCCACUCACUAUCACCCUAACAGCUGGCAACUACAUUCAUAGUCCACACUUAGGAGGCUACUGAGAGACAUGCACUGGCACCUCAGUGCUUCAGAAACAAGCAGAUAAAGCCCUGUGGACACAAAACCACAGGCGGCUCAGAGUGCCAUUUGGGCACCACCGUCCAGCCUCCCAGACCUGUGGGAGGGGAGGCCAGACCGGCUCCCGGGCUUCUGCAGGGGUGACAGGCUCCUGGGACACAGGCAGGGGUGACAGCGCAUAAGAAGUCACAGGAGGGCGUUCUGAAACGGAACAGGCUCAGGCCAGACGCCGUGGUGUCUCUGUGGCGCUGCUCCCCACCCUCCCCCCUCAACACUGGGACCCAACUCUGCUGAGGGCACAGCUCUGAGGGCAGGCCUCGUGCCAACAGGUGCUCGCAAGGCAGGCAGGGGCGCCCUCCUGCAUUCGAGGACAGCACCCUGACCCUGACCUGACAUGCAGGGCUCCCAGCACCUCCUGCUGACCCAGUGGGAAGUGAAAGAAGGGUGAAAAACACUGUCCCACACACAUCCUUCUAGGACUAGGCUAACAUCUGCAUUUUUAGCUAACAUGCUAACAGUGCAGUUCUCCGAGGAAAGCCGAACCCAGCGCUGUGCUUUUUUAACCUCUCCCUGUGCAACCCCCCAGCCUGGCCCAGCCUUCCCAGGACAAGGAUGGUGAGACACGAAUCUUAUCACCUUUAGAAAAAACUUUACCUCUGACUGCUAAUCCGAACUUACUACAAACAGUUAAAUUCUGGAUUAUACUGUUUAGGCGACAACACCCUUUUUCCGCUGCCAGCCUGCACCAGGCCUGGCAGAUAUAAACUGACCAGAGACGGGCAAACCCCAUCUCUGCAGGUGGCCAGAGCGACAGCGCCCCGGGCACUAGGCUUUAGCUGCUCAUCCUUGUAAGCCUCGCCUGGGCAGGACAGAACUCACAGACUGACAUCACCUCCUGGAGGCUGUCCCCCUUGGAAGCUUACAGAAGCCUCAAUCUUAUCCCGCUUACUUCUCUGACAUUAUUGUUUUGGUUUUUUUUUUGCGGUACGCGGGCCUCUCACUGUUGCGGCCUCCCUCGUUGUGGAGCACAGGCUCCAGAUGCGCAGGCUCAGCGGCCAUGGCUCACGGGCCCAGCCGCUCCGCGGCACGUGGGAUCUUCCCGGACCGGGGCACAAACCCGUGCCCCCUGCAUCGGCAGGCGGACUCUCAACCACUGUGCCACCAGGGAAGCCCAUUAUUGCAUUUUUAUAACCAAGUGAACUAGCCUGUCUCCUUCAGCAUCUGAAGCAGCUGCGCUCCCUUGUUUUAACUAGCGAAUUGUGUAACCCUGCGAGGUCAGUUUACUCAGUUACUAAAACUACUGCUCCUGUGACUCCAUCCAGGCUCUCCUUGCAACAAUUAUAUCCUAGAAUACUCUCACCUCCCAGAACACCAGUACCAAGGAAACCAACCCCUGAAAACCUCUUUACUGUCCUUGUAAGCUAACUGACCACAGAACAAGAAGUUCAGACCAAACCUGUGGGCACAACAUCAUUUGACGGAAGAAAGCUCCCAGUCCCCAAAUGAACGAGACUUCCCUGGUCACACCCACAGCCCGUGGAGCCGGCUUCAAGUAAAAGCACUCAGAAAGAAAAGCGAAGGAGAAGCAGUGACCUGCUUCCUUAAAAAUCACCAAAGCUGAACUACGCAGGAGCCAGCAGGGCUCAGACGCCAAACCACAGAGGGAAAAUGAGCCUUCUCAAAGAGCGAAAACCAAAAAAGCCACAUUACAUCCCCAGGCCCCCAGGAAAGCCCUUCAAGUACAAGUGUUUCCAGUGUCCCUUUACUUGCAACGAAAAGUCACAUCUUUUUAAUCACAUGAAAUACGGUCUCUGUAAAAAUUCCAUCACUUUAGUGUCUGAGCAAGAUCGCAUUCCCAAGUGUUCCAAACCGAACUCUUCAGACCCUAAGCCAACCAGUCAGUCCGACCCCAUGGCAAAGCCCACCUCCUCCAAGCCCGUCCCAAGUGGGCUCUCACACCUGGACACCAAGCUCCAACAUGGCCUCGCCAAGGAUGACAUCAAGGAAAAUGUGGACCUGCAUGCGUGCGGGCCCCACAGGUGCCCCGGACAGAAGCCCACUCUCCACAAGGAAGCAGCACCCCUGAGUCCAGCUCCAGAAGCCACCGCGGGCACCCAGCCUGUGCUGGAAGGCACUACCCGGCCUUCAGCAUUCAUGCCAGUUGGCGAGCACAGACUCAAAGGGCAGGAACUCACCGAGGCUCCUGAAGCGCUGACCCUGACCCAGCCCCCUGCCAAAGCUGCCUCCUUCCACACUAAGUCUGCCUUUCAUGCCCCUGGCUACGCGUGGAAAGCUGGCUCACCUUUCCUCACGCCUGAGUUUCCACAUAAAAUCCCAUCCACAAAGGGGUUUGGUGCCACUUCGCCGUACGUGCACCCCACCAUCGCAGAGUACCCGCCUCACUUUUACACAGAGCAUGGACUGGCCACCAUCUACUCACCGUACCUACUCGCAGGGAACUCGCCCGAGUGUGACAGCCCCCUGCUGUCCAUCUACGGGGCCCAAGACCAAAGACAUUUCCUGCCUCACCCAGGGCCGAUCCCUAAGCACCUGAACCCAGCCCCAUCCACAUACGACCAUUACAGAUUCUUCCAGCAGUAUCACUCCAAUCUGCCGAUUCCUUAUGGAUUUUAUAAACCAGAGUCUGCAUUUUCCUCCUACGGCCUCAGACCCCCACCCGUUGCUGGUAUGUCACAAGAUCAAAGCUCACACCUACUGGAAGAAGCUGCCCUGGCCUACCCGGCCUGGAGUCCAUCCAAGUUAAACUCUUCCAACUCCCACAAAAAACACACAGAGUUUGAGAAAGAGAGUCCGACUCCCGAGGCUAAAGACCUCUCCAGAGAUGGGCAGAGGGACACGCAAGGGACCAAAAUGAGCCCACGUGCAGGCAGCGCAGCCACAGGCUCCCCGGGAAGGCCGAGCCCCACCAAUUUCACGCAGACAAGCCAGCCCUGUGCCGGGCUGUGCAGCCUCUUGGACAUGCCGGCCUCCGGUGCCCCAGGAAGUCUCCAUCCACCAGAACAGAGCCUCACAGCCUUCAAGCCUGUCAAGAAGAACACGGAGCGCCCACAUUCCCAGGCCCCAGAAAACAGAGCUGCAUCUCCAGAAAGCCUCGAGGCCGUGAACGCAGACGCUCUGGCUCAGAUGGGGAGCCUGGAAGCUGCACCCUCCAGCCCAGAGGACGACUCCAGGGCAGCCCCUCUGAACCUCUCCACGAAACCAGAAGCUGAGCCUGCCACUACACACACCACUGCCUAUGGAGAAUUUGUGGAGCCACAGGACGCGCCCCUCAACCUCUCGGUGAAGGACCCCUGCAACGCCCUGACUUCGAGGCCCUCUGUCCGCAGCCGCCCGAGAGGGGCCGAACCGGCGGCUGCCCCCACCCCCACUCCUGCUCCGCAGUCGGAGACAGCAAGUUCCGGGGCCGGGCCCGACCCCAGCUCUGUGGAGAUCCCUGCGCCCAGCCCGGCUGGGAAGGCCCAGGACACACGCUCAGCUGACAGUGACGAGCAGAAGCAGACUGCGGCCGUGGCCCUCUGCCAGCUGGCGGCCUACAGCCCAGGGAACGUCGAGCCCGCUGCCCAGGAGCCUGCCUGCCAGGUAGACGCACCCACCCCCAGAGCCCCUGAGAGCCAGGAGGCUCAGUGCGACCUCAGACCCAAAGGGCAAAAGAGGACGAGCCCCAGGGAUGCAGGGAAGGCCCAGCAGGGAACCAAGAAGCCAAAGCCCAGCGACACAGCCAGAGUGUUCACACUCCGGAAAAGAACGCGGGUGUCUUAGAGCCACCUCUGGCCAGCCACAGGCUGCAGCCACAAGCACGCCUUCCGGUGCAGGCGAGACAGCAGCAAACCUCCAUCUGGCCCUUGCUUUUUUAUCUGGUACAUUUUUACAAUGCAGUUUUCUUCUUCUCAACAAAAAAAUUAAACUAAACCUGCAACUCAAUUCAGUUUUGUAAAUACUAAGCAUGAACACUAAAAGGUGCUUCUACUUCUGGUUGUAAAAUACUUGAAUGACUCACACUGUAGGACCUGAUGAAAUGCACAGGACUAAAAGGUAACUUUUAGGUGUUAGCAUCUUAGAGGAAAUCUCUUUAAAGCAUUUUUCUUAUAAAUAUCUCAGCACUAGAACAAAUUGUUUUAACUGUUUUUCUAUUAAAUCUACUGUGUGUUUUGAAGUAAAUAACAAUUACUGGGGGAAAAUGCCAGGCAAAGACGUUUCCAGUACUAGCAUUCAAGUUCUGUGUGUAAAAACACUGUGAUUUGUUAUGACUGAACAAUACACAGACAGCAAGAGGCUAUUUAUACAAGUAAUUUAUUUCCAUUGGGGAGAAUGCAUUGCUGGGGAAGCUAUUCUCAACAUGCUCUGUCUUCACAACUCAUUCAGACUCGUUUUCCACUUCCUAAAAUGAUGUAUAUGUUGCUAAUUUUCCAAUGAACUCAUAGGUGAACUUUAAGGAUACAUAAAAAGAAGACAAGCAUAAACUCUGUGUUAUACAAUAUUUUGCCACAAUAAAUAAACUCAAUGAAAAAGAGAAAAGAGCUGAGGCAGCAUUAAAAAUGAGGACGAGGGUACAUCUGUGUGUGCAUGUGAGGGCGUGUGCACGUGUGCAUGUGUCUGCUGUCCACCGGUAGUCAUCGAGCCCGGGGGAGUGCAGGCAUCCGGGGGCACCUCUGGAGACCAAGCGUACAGGGCCUGGCUUCACAAGGGCCCUUUCCCACUGUUCAGAGGGUGUUUCUCAGCAAUGCACUGCCUGGGAGCGGGGCAGGGGGUCAAGAAAGGGCCUGGAAACAGUGGCGCCGAGCUGAGCUGACUGGGUGAACCCUCUCUCCACAAGAUGGGCAGUUUCAACUCACACUUUGACCAAAACAGAGGUGGUCCCAAUAGAGCCAUCCAAUGAGCGUUCAAAGAAAAAGCACUGCUAAAGCUAACGCCUGCCGUUCCCAGUGACGUGCACAUACAAGGUCUCUCAGUGCUCAGAGCUAAAAAUUAAAAAUUUUUAAAUAAAAAGUUGAUCUGGAACCUUGCCUUGUUCUAGAUAUAAGCACUACUCACCAAAAGAUAGCCUGAACUAAAAACCCAUCUUGUUAAUAAGUUGCAUUCCAAUAAAAUGUUAUUUUCGGUUGUUUUGA